CAAACAUGAAACUCUACUGGCUUGUGAUCUCAGCUGGAACACUGUUUUUGAAUACAGUCACUGCUGACUGCAACAUUACUUCCCAAACUCUGGAAACCCAUGGAUCUGCUGUGACCUCCUUGACUUACAGAUAUGGCUAACUGCCUCCAAUGUGACAUUGGAAAAUGAAAGCAACACUACAUGUACAUUGUCGAACAUGGAUAAAAUCUCCAUCAAGAUGGCAGCUAUUCAAACAGCUGACUGCAAAAUUGAAAAGACUUCUUUAGAAAACACUGUAACUUCCACUCCUGCUGUUAGUCUUAGAAGUAGUGCCUUAAUAACAGCUCUGACUCCAAACAACAUCACUGGAAACAACGGAACUCGUGCAGAGUUACCACUUGUUGGCAAAAGCUGGACCUUCCUAGCGGGUGUCCUAGGGUUUGUCCUAAGCACCACACUCCUGAUUUUUACUGCUGUAAAAUGCCCGGCAUGGUAUCACUACUUGAUCAGCUACCGUCACCGUCGUCUGAAAGAAAAUGAUUCAGAGAUGUUUGAACAGGAGUUUUCAGCUGACAUGAGUCCUUCUCCCUCAGUAUCGGGUACAAGCAGUGAAGAACCCAUUGUAAUAUUUGAGAAAGUUCAUGCAUGUGGAGACGAAGAAGAUGGAUUCAUUGAGGAUAAAUACAUAGAUAUUUAUGUAAAUGAGGAGCGUUAAUGUCUUAAAUGACAGAUGCUGAACUGACAUUUCAAAACGUAGUACACUUCUACUUCUAUUUUAUGCUUUGUUACAUACAAUACAGAAUGAAGUCAUUCAGUCUAUCUCCUCUCAUCUUGCCAAAUCCAUAACAAGAUUUUGCUGCAUCAAUCAUAAAGUUAGAAAUCGGGUCAUAUGCAUACAUUAUUGGCACAACAAAUACUUCAAAACAUGAAAAAAAUACUCAUAAUCCACUUUUUAUAAAAAUGUAUUUGGCUACUUGAAUUGGUGGGCUUAGUGUAUAUUGUUUAACAUGAACAAAGUAGCAGGUGAAGUUGGCAUAAUCAUUAAUGUUUCAUUGCGAAGAGGUCUAGAAGAGAAAAAUAAUUUCUCUAAAACGUUGAAGCCGUCCACAGCUAGACUGAGGGCUGGCUCCAAAUCAAUGGUGUAACAGCUCUGCAGUCUAUUAGGCAAAACUAACACAAUCAGAGAGUGGAGCAUUUGGGUAUAUUUUUACCCAAAUUAGCAGAGCAAGAAAGAUCAACUGCUGUAUUCCCAAAAAUGUUUAUGUACAGCAUAAUGAUGAAUUAGCCUUAGUGCACUGCUACUGAAUCAAGUAUUUUCUCUUGAUAUUUUCUUAACACCCAAAAAUUCAUUCAGGGUAGAACAGACACAUUUGCGAAUUGCUGAAAACUACCGUAUUAGUGCAAUGUGACAUUAUUAGCCAGCAAACUGGUUGCUUUGGAGUGCUUAUUGGUACAUAAAAUCUCAUUGCUGAGAUUGCUUUCACUGGCAACACGCAGGAUCAUACAACUUUCUCCUACAUCUCUCUUGUGCCUAAAUCAACUAUCUCAAAAACUCACCCUCUGAGCCUAUCACUACACAAGCCAUUCUCAUGGCUUACAAAUUCUUAUUGCAAGCAUGUCACCAACCUCAUCUUUCCCCAUACACAACCCUACUUUAGCAGCCAGGCAAAGGUCUGGUUCCCACUUCCGCUUGCUUUCUUCACUCUGCUACUCCAUGAUAAAACUCCCAAAACUGACAGCAGGUUGCCAAAAGACAGGAAUCUCCACAGCCAGCUAACUCUUCCUGGAUGGCAAGGCAAUUAUUUUCAGAGGAGUAACUAGAAUUUAAUACCAGGAACUCCAGCUGCAACCCAGCAGUAAUGUAUCAUCUUGAAAUUGUUCAGGUAUCCAUUGCACCGUUAGGGUAAUGGGUAACACUUCAAUUCUCCCAAGGUGAGUUAUGAGAAGUUGAGUUAUUCAAAGAUGAAAAACAUGCACUUAAUGU